CCAGGGGCGGACUGACCAUUUGGAAACUCGGGCACUGCCUGAGGGCCUGGGGUCAGUAGGGGGCCCCAUGAGAUACCCCUGGUGCCAUUUUCAUAGGCUUUUUUGAGUUUGGGCAAGGACACAGGGGCCCCAUGAUCCCCUAUUGCCUGGGGGCCCCAAGACUUGUCAGCCUGCCCCUGUUUUUGCCCAUCAUUGUUAAAUAUCAGUGCCAGCUCAUCAGUGCUGCCUAUCAGUACCACCUCAUCAGUGCCACCUAUCAGUGCCUA